AUUCCGACAACUAUUCGGGAUGCAAUUCGUUUGACAGAUCCCGUAGGGACUGGCUUUCUGUGGGUGGACCGGCUCCGUAUUAUACAAGACGAUGAGAAAUCCAAAUCCCAAUUUAUAGGCGCCAUGAGCUCAAUAUACGCAAAUGCAGAUAUUACCAUCAUGGUUUCUGGCGGAGCGGACGUGGACCACGGCCUUCUGGGUGUUGGCUCACACAAACGCCAUUACGAGCGGUUCCUGUGCUAA